AUGGUGAUCAUAGCAUAUUAUGGUUUUUUAGCAUAUUUAGCGACAGCAAGAGCUGUUAUAACAGCUGGGUUAUCGGAUCCGUGUUUGUCUGGUGUUUACCGAAACAUCACUCAUCUGAAUGAGAGAUAUACCAGUCUGACAGGUGAUUGUCCAUACACUGAUCACAGGAUUGACAGAGCAUGGUUUUAUGCAGGAGUUGAUCCUAUUGUUACCUUCCCACCAAGCUAUUGUGCGUGCGGGUACAAGUUUCCUAUCUGGAUGAACGGUACAUUGCCAAAGCCAGAAGAUGGUAUAGUAGAUAGACAAGCAUGUCUGAAAUUCAUGGAAUCGUGCCAUCAGAGCAUACACAUACAAAUUAAGAACUGCGGAACAUUCUUUGUUUAUCACCUUACACCAGGACCAGACGACUCAGGAUUUUGCUUCGGAAUUGACAAAGCAGAACCACCACAGACCACCCCGGGAGAACAUGUUGAGAACAUUGUUAACGCCACACUUAUGAUUCAGCAAGGAAGUAUAACGUCCAGCAGUUUCAUCACUACAAUCAACAUUACGUCUGAUGAUGAUCAUGUCAAUGUCACAGCUGCAUUACUUCUUACAAAUGGGUCUGUGGUUCAGACUGUAAAUGUUGAUGUACCAUUUUACCUUCAUACAUGGAAACCUCUCCUCCCUACCACAAAUUACACAGUACAACUGUCUACAUUUAGGAACGAGCGAAAGAUGAUACUUGCCACAGUAUGGACUGUCACAAAAAUACCUUAUCGACCAGCCGCGGUUAGCAUUGAUACACAACUGGCAACCAUUACAACUCAUAGCCUAGAGAUCAAAAUAACUUUUGACAGUGGAAGCGAAAAUGUGACAGCUAGCGGAACUCUUUUUCUGCAAAAUGGCAGUGUGGUUAGUUCAUUUACAGUAGACAAACCAUCGCUGUCCCAAAGGUUUCAAGGUUUGUCUAGUGGGACCAAGUACAUUGUUGCAGUGCAUACAUAUCGACAUGGGGAACUCGUUGAACUUGGUCGAGACUGGACGUUCACACAACCUGGAAUGGAACCCUUUCUAGGACCAAGGUCGGCAGGUGAUAAAGUAUUAAGCUCUACAAGCUUUCGUUGCAAGUUUCAUUCUUCACCAGAUGUUAUAUAUAAAGUACGUUGGUACGUUCAGCGAACUGAAAGAAAUUUCACCAUAGAAAAGGGAGGGGACAGCAAACAUGGACUUCAAGAGCUAUCUUUAACAGAAGAGGAUCUCCUCAAGAAUCAUAUCACUCUUCCGUUUUAUGUUUCUUGUGCUAUAGCGGAACAACCAGGCACAACGCAGAAAACAAGCUUAUCUGUGUCAUCUGACCGUGUUUUUGCUGGUAUUAAGUUACUAACACCCGAAAUAACUAUGCACAGGGACGAAACAGCAGUAAUUCGAUUUACACCUACAGUUCCAUUUGGAUGCUACAGCCCACAGAUCAUUACAAACACCUGCAACUUAACAAUGGCUGUCUCUAUACCCGUCAGUAAAAAGUGUACAGGAAUUUCAACCAGAAAAUGUACCAUCAGUGUAUCGGGGGACGCUGAUAGUGAAAAUGGUUUUCAAAUACAAGCUGCUGAAGACGGACAAUACGGAGUGCCGGAGCAGACAACGUACAAAGUCUUUUUAAGAACGGUCAAUCUGAAAAACAAUACAAUAUGGAGUGGUUACAUACUACCAGCUGUAAAGGUAAAGGUCAGACCAGAAAUGAAAACAUACUGGAGAGGUAAAAGAUGUGAAGCUUUGAACGAUCCACACAUGUAUACAUUCGAUGGAGAACAGUACGAGCAUCAUGAAAGUUUCUCCGACGAGUAUGUAUUGUACGCUCACACUUGGUACCAAGCUAAGGUUCAUCAUAAAUUAGAACGGUGUAACUCGAACGCCAUGUGUAACUGUGGAGUUGCUGUGCAGGCUGGUAGAGAUAUUUACGUGAUAAGCACGUGCAAUAAUAUCAUGGAAAUCGGAUAUAAACAAUGUGAUGAUGGCGUUCUUCUUGUUAGACAAGAAACAGACUCUACUUAUACGGUAUAUUUACCGUUUGGAACGUACAUCAAAGCACGUCUGGACAAAUCUCCAUAUUUCAACUCAGCUGGAAACAUGAUAGUUUCGGUGUCCGUAUAUCCUUCCGUUCACGAUCAACAUGGCCACAGCAGAGGGUUGUGUGGUUUACUUGAUAACAACCGCACCAAUGACUUCCACGACCGCACAGGAGAAAUCACCUUAAAUAGGACUGAGUUUAUUCAGACUUGGAGAGUUUCAAAAGAGGAAAGUUUAUUCAAAACAAGUGCUAAAUCAACAGCCUUGUGGGUGCAUCCUGCUUGCACAUGCAGUGUAUCCAGUGGUCAGAUAACAACCAAGGAUAAAUGUCACCUAGGAGCAGAUAACUCAUGCGCAAAGGGAAGAACGGUCGGAGAGCAGACAUGCAAACUCGCUGAAAAGACAUCUAUCGAGAGUACUGUUCCAGUUCUGGACCUGAGUAAAGAUGGCAAUCAUAAAGAUGGCGUAACUACCCCGAAAGGAAUUAGAGUGACUAAAACAACGCCUACAACUAAGACGGAAGCACAUGUUUCACAGACAACAACAUCUACCCCCCAAAAACAGUGGAAUCACACUAAAGCUAAACGGUUUUGCACAAAUUACAUGAAUAGUUCAAGAGCAUUCCGUCUCUGUACACGGGUUCCCUACACUGACACCGAACGGGCUAUUGAUACAUGUACACAGGAUAUUGUUAUAACGCAGACAACGGAGUGGCACAGGCUAUCAAAACAAUCUAUGCAAGACUCGUGUAUAUCUGAAAUACACAGAAACAAAACCGUUAGAGAAGAUUUAGAACCCCAAAGGCAAAUUAUUUCUACAACUAUGUUACCUAGUGGUCAACAUAUUGGUCAAGUUACAACACCUCACCCAACCGAUGAAGUCAAAGAUUCAAAUCUAAAUAUUAUUGAGAUCGUAGACGCGAUAGAAGAAAUUGCCUGUCCAAAUGAAUGUUCAGAUCACGGGAUUUGCAAAAACGGCACCUGUAAAUGUUAUGUUGGAUUUGGUGGUGAUGAAUGCUCCAUUGACUUCAAAAGCCGCCAUCUACUGCAAGUUUACUUCACGGAAGUACCUGCGAUGAGAAAGAAGCAAAAUGCACGCAUGUGUUUAUCUAUGGAGGAUUUUUUGCAAGUGAAUCUGUGACUUGUCACAUCACAACGUUUGAGACUCAUUCCAAUAAAGAGGGUCGGCUGAACAUGGAUGCAUACGUAAUACGAGGACAAGCACAAUCGUUAAUUGAAGUGAUUUGUUCUCUUGUGUCGCCUAUCAGAAGAAAACGAUCUCUCCCUGACACCCAAG